AUGCAUACGAUACGUCCAACAGCCGCACGAGCGCUCCGAGCAGCUUCGACUUCAGGUGCCUACAGGAACGUGCAGUCGACUGCAACACCAUGCCUCUUCUGCGCGCACCGCGCAUUGCCGCAGAGACCUUCGCGCCGUUACCAGUCGACGUCAAAUGCUCGCGAGGAUUCCUUCAAGGCCCAGCCAGCAUUGCAACAGUUACAAACGCAUUACUCGUUCUUCCCCAAGUCCAUCUCCGCUGGCCCACCUCCGGAGGGACCGUUCACCCUUGAUCUGAAUGCUCUGAAGCGAGAAUUCUUGCAGCUUCAGGCCAAGGCGCAUCCUGACCUACACCCCCAAGAAGACAAGAAGAGGGCUGAGGCAACCUCGGCGAGAAUAAACGAGGCUUACAAAACUCUUCAAUCUCCAUUACAUCGUGCACAGUACCUUCUUUCGCAGCGUGGUAUCGAGACGGCGGAAGACGAGACGGCGAAGGUGGAUGAUCCAGAGCUGCUCAUGGAGGUCUUAGAGGCGAGAGAACAGAUAGAGGAGGCGGAGUCGGAAGAGGAUCUCAUCGGGAUGAAGGAUGAGAACGAAGGCAGAAUACAAGAAAGCAUCAAGGCGCUUGAAGAGGCCUUUGCCAAAGACGACGUGGAGUUGGCGAAGAGCGAGACCGUCAAGCUUCGAUAUUGGAUGAACAUCAAUGAGAGCAUUGCGAACUGGGAGAAGGGCAAACCGAUUGUGCUCGAGCACUGA